AUGGCCAUAGCUGACUCUGCGACUAUCUCACCCGCCACUUCAGCAGAAAACAAUACUCAGAAUGGCUUUCACGCCGUCCAGCGCGAUCCCAACUCUUGGGACAGUACUCUCCCCGCCAGUCAGGGUUUGUACGACAACAGCUACGAGAAGGACUCCUGCGGUGUAGGCUUCAUAUGCCACAUCAAGGGUGAACAGAGUCACAAGAUAGUCUCCGAUGCUCGCCAGCUCCUGUGUGCUAUGACCCAUCGUGGUGCUACUGGAGCCGACAGUCGUGACGGUGACGGUGCAGGCGUCAUGACAGGCAUUCCUCAUCUUUUCUUCAAGCGCGAGGCUGAGAGAGACUUGGGCUGUGAACUGCCCGAUGUGGGACGGUAUGCCGUCGGUAAUGUCUUUUUUAAAGCCAACGAUCCGGUCGGUCUUCAAAAGCAACAAUCUGUCUUUUCGAAGAUCGCUGGGGAGUUAGGCUUGCGCGUUCUCGGAUGGAGGGAAGUACCCACAGACGGAACGAUUCUCGGUCCAGCAGCCGCUAGCAAGGAGCCAGCGAUAUUACAACCAUUUGUGGUGCUCCGAUCCCAUUACGGUGACGGUGCCACUUGUCGGGGUGGUCCUUUUGAUGCAACACAUUUCGAGAGUCAGCUCUACGUGCUCCGCAAGCACGCAACUCACAGCAUUACGCUUUCCAAAGGAUUCUAUGUCUGCUCUCUCUCGUCGAAGAACAUCGUGUACAAGGGCCAAUUAUCGCCCCCGCAAGUGUACAACUACUAUCAUGACCUGAACCAUGUUCUAUAUUGUUCGCAUUUCACCCUCGUGCAUUCCCGUUUUUCCACCAACACGUUCCCAAGUUGGGAUCGCGCGCAGCCCAUGAGAUGGGCCGCCCACAAUGGCGAGAUUAACACCAUCCGCGGCAACAAAAACUGGAUGCGCGCUCGAGAAGGUGUCCUUUCAUCUACCCUCUUUGGCGAGCAGCUCGAUCUCCUAUACCCCAUCAUUGAAUCUGGUGGAUCUGACUCUGCUGCGUUUGAUAAUGUCCUCGAGCUCCUCGUCGUCAAUGGCGUCUUGACGCUUCCCGAAGCCAUCAUGAUGUUGAUUCCCGAAGCUUGGCAAGGGAAUGAGAACAUGGAGCCGGGUAAGAGGGCGUUCUAUAACUGGGCAGCUUGUCUGCAGGAACCCUGGGAUGGUCCCGCGCUGUUCGCGUUCAGCGACGGACGCUACUGUGGUGCCAACCUUGAUCGAAAUGGGCUCAGGCCAUGCCGGUACGUGGUCAGUAACGAGGACAUCAUCGUUUGCGCUUCCGAGGUCGGUGCCGUGUAUAUUCCUCCAGAGAAGGUUAUCAGCAAAGGUCGCCUGAAGCCGGGGCGUAUGCUUCUCGUAGACACAGAGGAGGGGCGCAUAGUAGAUGACAAGGAACUCAAGCGCAACACUGCCAACAAGCAGAACUUUGCAUCCUGGAUUGAGACACAUGUUCUGCAUGUGCCGAACAUCGUCAAGCGCGUGAAGCGCGUACACCCCAUUGAAAUCGACGUCGAUGACUACACACUGAGCACGGACCCCAAGCUCCUUGCCUUUGGUUACACUGUCGAGCAGCUCAACCUGCUGAUACUUCCUAUGGUUACCGAGGGCAAAGAGGCACUUGGAUCUAUGGGUAACGACGCGCCGCUCGCCUGCAUAUCCACACAGCCUCGCGUCAUAUACGACUAUUUCCGUCAGCUCUUUGCGCAGGUCACGAACCCCCCGAUCGAUCCCAUUCGAGAGGACAUCGUCAUGUCCUUGAACGCGUACGUCGGGCCCGAGGGCAACCUGCUCGAGAUGAAGCCAGAGCAAUGCCAUCGCAUUCUCCUUCAUUCGCCGAUCCUCACUGUCGAGGAAAUGAAUGCGAUGAAGAAUCUCAAGUAUGCGUACUCUUCAUGGCCUUCACAGACUAUCGACAUCACGUUCCCGAAGGAGCAAGGCCUUCCCGGCUACAGGCUCGCUCUCGAGCGCGUUUGCAGCGAAGCAACUCAAGCCAUUGACGACGGCAUGAAGGUGAUCAUUCUUUCAGAUCGCCAGACUGGUCCGAACCGUGUUCCUCUUUCUGCGUUGGUUGCGUGCGGUGGUGUUCACCACCAUCUCGUGAGCCAGAAGAAGCGUGCUAAAGUUGCGAUGAUGAUCGAGACUGGGGAGGCGCGUGAGGUCCACCACCUAUGCGUUCUGUUGGGUUACGGUGCGGAUGCCAUCUGCCCCUGGCUUGCGAUCGAGGUCAUUCACAAGGUUGAGCGUGAAGGAUUGGUUAAGAACAACAAGACUUUCGAGGAUCUGCUCCACAACUACCGUCACUCCGUCGACAACGGCAUCCUCAAGGUCAUGUCAAAGAUGGGUAUCUCGACUCUUCAGUCAUACAAGGGCGCGCAGAUCUUUGAAGCCCUCGGGUUGCACACGGAGAUCAUCGAGAGCUGUUUCACUGGUACUGCUAGCCGCGUGCAGGGCGCCACCUUCGACCUGCUGGCGAUGGAUGCUUUCGAGAUGCACGAGCGGGGCUGGCCGUCGCGUGAGACUAUCAUCCCUCCUGGCAUGCCCGAGUCGGGCGAAUACCACUGGCGGUCUGGCGGCGAAGCUCAUAUCAACGAUCCGACUGCAAUCGCUCACCUUCAGGAUGCCGUUAGAGAGAAGAACCAGCGGGCGUAUGACGCGUAUGCCAAGAACUCUAACGACCAGACAAGAGCCGUGCAACUCCGUGGUCUCCUCGACUUCCGUUACGAGAGCGCGACCCCGAUCCCGAUCGAACAGGUGGAGCCUUGGAACGAGAUUGUUCGCCGCUUCGUUACCGGCGCAAUGUCGUACGGCUCCAUCUCGAUGGAAGCUCACUCGACCUUGGCUAUCGCGAUGAACCGCCUCGGCGGAAAGUCGAACACUGGAGAGGGUGGUGAAGACGCCGAACGUUCUCAGCUCCUGCCGAACGGCGAUUCCAUGCGCUCAGCUAUCAAGCAAGUUGCAUCUGGCCGUUUCGGUGUAACGUCCAAUUAUCUUGCCGAUGCCGACGAACUCCAGAUCAAGAUGGCUCAAGGCGCGAAGCCCGGUGAGGGAGGAGAGUUGCCCGGACACAAGGUAUCCGGAUCGAUCGCUCGCACGCGGCAUUCCACGGCUGGCGUUGGUCUUAUCUCCCCCCCUCCUCACCACGAUAUCUACUCCAUCGAGGAUCUCAAGCAGUUAAUCUACGAUUUGAAGUGUUCCAACCCGAGAGCACGUGUCUCCGUCAAGUUGGUUUCGGAAGUCGGUGUAGGUAUUGUCGCGAGCGGUGUUGCAAAAGCGAAGGCGGAUCAUAUUCUCAUUUCUGGUCACGAUGGUGGUACUGGCGCUUCUCGCUGGACUGGUAUCAAAAACGCGGGUCUGCCAUGGGAACUCGGUUUGGCUGAGACUCACCAGACCUUGGUCUUGAACGACUUGCGUGGUCGUGUCACGGUGCAGACAGACGGGCAGGUCCGAACUGGACGAGAUGUUGCGAUCGCAUGUCUCCUUGGUGCUGAGGAGUGGGGCUUCGCAACAACUCCUCUGAUUGCGAUGGGAUGUAUCAUGAUGAGGAAAUGUCAUUUAAAUACUUGCCCCGUCGGUAUCGCGACUCAGGACCCUCAACUUCGUGCGAAAUUCGCUGGGCAGCCCGAGCAAGUCAUUAACUUCUUCUACUACAUCGCCGAAGAUCUUCGUUCCUACAUGGCUAAACUUGGAUUCCGGACGAUCAACGAGAUGGUUGGCCGAGCAGAUAUGCUCAAGGUGGACGAGAAGCUUCGCACGCGGAAGACCGCCCAUCUCGAUCUGUCCGCCAUCUUGAAGCCGGCCUGGCAGAUGCGCCCUGGUGCCGCCACCUACCGUGUUAGAGCUCAAGACCACAAACUGUACAUUCGUUUGGACAAUAAAUUCAUCGACGAGUCGGAGCCUGCUCUUACGAAAGGACUCCCGGUCCACAUUGAUUGCGACGUCACAAAUACCGACCGUGCCCUCGGCACUUCUUUGUCUUACAAAGUAUCCAAGCUUUACGGUGAGGAAGGACUUCCGAAGGAUACGAUUCACAUCAGCAUGCGCGGCUCUGCAGGCCAAUCACUCGGGGCCUUCCUCGCGCCCGGUAUCACCAUAGAGCUGGAAGGCGACGCAAAUGAUUAUGUUGGCAAAGGUCUCUCUGGUGGUCGAUUGAUUGUAUACCCCCCCAAGGCAUCGACCUUCAAGGCUGAGGAGAACAUCAUCGUUGGAAACGUCUGUCUUUACGGUGCGACAUCUGGAGAAGCGUUCGUCCGUGGUGUCGCUGCUGAGCGUUUCGCUGUACGAAACUCCGGCGCAUUUGCCGUUGUUGAGGGCACUGGCGAUCACGGAUGCGAGUACAUGACUGGUGGGCGUGUUGUUGUGCUUGGUAGCACUGGCCGCAACUUCGCUGCCGGUAUGAGCGGAGGCAUUGCUUAUGUGCUGGACACCGCCCACACCUUCGCAUCAAAAGUUAACCUUGAAAUGGUGGAACUCGGGAAGGUCACUGAUCCUCGUGAAAUCGCUGAACUACGUGGUCUCAUCGAGGACCAUCGUCAUUACACCGGCUCCGAAGUCGCUGAUCGUGUUCUUCACGACUUCCACCAUCUCCUACCCUUGUUCGUUCGAGUCAUGCCUGGCGAUUACAAGCGCGUUUUGGAGGAGCAGGCGGCGAAACUGAAGGAGGAGAAAUUGCGGCAGAACGUCAUUGACCUCGUACCCUCGCGCACCGCUAGUCAAGUCGACCUCGCCUCUGAGGGUUUGGAAGACAUCCUACUCCCCAAGGAACCUCCAUCGUGGCAUGGCAGUCGAUCGACUUCGAGGGGCCGUUUAGAACCAUCUGUUACUGAUAUGGAGGACUCCCUUGUUGACGAUGCAACCACCAAGCAGCGCCUGAACAAGCUUGAUAAGACCCGAGGCUUCAUGAAGUACAAGCGUCUGACCGAGGCCUACCGCCCACCGCGGAAGCGUGUCAAAGAUUGGAAGGAGAUCUCCACACGUUUGACAGAAGGCGAACUGAAGUACCAGUCCGCACGUUGCAUGGACUGUGGAGUGCCCUUCUGUCAGUCGGACACUGGAUGUCCUGUCUCGAACAUCAUCCCCAAGUGGAACGACUUGGUGUUCAAGGACCAGUGGCAAGACGCUUUGAACCGCCUUUUGCUGACGAACAAUUUCCCCGAGUUCACUGGUCGCGUGUGCCCCGCUCCAUGUGAGGGUGCUUGCGUGCUCGGGAUCAACGAGCAACCGGUGGGUAUUAAGAGCAUUGAGUGCGCUAUUAUCGACAAGGGAUUCGAGAUGGGCUGGAUGGCACCAAAUCCUCCCAAGAUCCGUACAGGACGGAAGAUCGCCAUCGUCGGCUCGGGUCCUUCAGGGCUUGCUUGUGCAGAUCAGCUGAACAAGGCUGGUCACUCGGUGACUGUCUACGACCGCAAUGACCGCAUGGGUGGUCUCCUCAUGUACGGUAUCCCCAACAUGAAGCUCGAUAAGGCCGUCGUGCAGAGGCGGUUAGACCUGAUGACUGCUGAGGGCGUGACCUUCGUCCCGAACGUUCACGUCGGCAAGGACCUCGACGUGAACGAUCUGCGUGCUGAGAACGAUGCUGUUGUUAUCUGUACUGGAGCUACGUGGCCUCGUGACCUCAAGAUACCCAAUCGCGAGGUCGACGGCAUCCACUUCGCUAUGGAGUACCUACAGCUGAACACCAAGUCACUCCUCGACUCCGAGCUCCAGAACGGUAACUACAUCAAUGCGAAGGGCAAGGACGUCAUCGUCAUCGGUGGUGGUGACACCGGUAAUGACUGUAUCGGUACUUCUAUGCGGCAUGGUGCAAAGUCGGUGACGAACUUCGAGCUGCUGCCGAAGCCUCCAGCGGGUCGCGGACGCGACAACCCGUGGCCCCAGUGGCCAAGGAUCUUCCGCACGGAUUACGGUCAUACUGAGGUCGCUGCUCACUUCGGAAACGAUCCCCGCGAGUACUGCAUCUCGACCAAAGACUUCGUCAUCGAUGAAGAGGGCAAGCUCAUGGGCCUCAAUACAGUUCGUGUCGAGUGGACGAAGGACAGUGGCGGACGGUGGAAGAUGGAGGAAGUCCCGGGUUCCGAGAAGUUUUUCCCAGCGCAGCUCGUCUUCCUCGCACUUGGCUUCCUCGGUCCCGAGUCCGAGGCAAUCAAGGCGCUCGGCGUCAAGCAGGAUGCACGGUCGAAUAUCCAGACCCCAAACAAGCAAUACUCGACGAAUGUCGAGGGCGUCUUCGCUGCGGGUGACUGCCGCCGCGGCCAGUCCUUGAUCGUCUGGGGUAUCAACGAGGGUCGCGGCGCUGCGGCUGAAGUCGAUGCAUGGCUCAGUGGCGGGAAGACGAGGUUACCGGCGGAUGGUGGGAUCAAGCAGAGGGUGUUCAUUCCACCUGCAAGCACGCUCACGAGCGACACGCAGGUCGUGGAGGUCGAGGCGUGA